AUGGCAACACCUGAAGUACCUCCCGAGUUGCUGAGCAAGUUGCUUGGCCAGAUCUCUUCUGACCCUGGGAUACCGUUGCAAGGCCCGACCAUAGCAGCCUGGCAAGAGCCGGCCCAUGCCCUUGCAGACGUGCACUCCGACAAGUUGCCUGAGUGUGUCGACUUCGCCAUCAUCGGGUCCGGAAUUACGGGCUGCAGCGUCGCCAAAACACUGCUGGAACACGACGCUGCUGGAACCAAGUCAGUCACGGUGUUUGACGCCCGGAGGCUCACGACAGGCGCCACGAGCCGCAACGGCGGGUUCUUGAUGAGCCAUGCCCCGACGUUCUUUGCGGCCUUUGCCAAAGCUUUUGGGACCGACACCGCAGCCCAGAUAGCCCGGUACUGCGAGAGAACCUUGGGUGAGAUAGUCGCAGCGGCCAAAGCAGAGGAUCUUUUCGAUGAAUGCCAGAUUCGCGAUGUCGAGACCGUCAUCACUUUCGCCGACGAGGACAGCAUGGCCAAGUUCGCCGAGUCGGUUCAAAUGUACCAGGGCCACGUCCCCGAGUUUCGAGGAACCUAUAACAAAAUCAGCAAGGAACAAGCCGAGAAGGAUCACGGUCUGAAAAACAUUGUUGGCGCAUUCACUACUCCGUCUCGAGUGUUCUGGCCGUAUCGCUUGAUCACAGGGCUGCACCAGCGUCUUCUCGCGCGAUAUCCACAGCGGUUUUCGAUCGAGACGAAUACACCCGUGACGUCUGUUGCUGUUUCCACAGACGGCACCAACCCCGCCUAUCCCUACGUGCUGACGACUCCUCGGGGCGUCGUGCGCGCCUCCAAGGUCUUCCAUUGCACCAGUGGCUUCGUCGGGCAUCUUCUCCCCAAGCUCCGAGGCCCCGUGUUCCCAUGCAGACUGACCAUGGCGUGCGACCGCCCAGGUCCGCAGUUCGGCAACCGUGCCGUGUCGUGGCUCUGGCACGUGCCCAUCAGCUGGGACCCGGAGACCAACCUGGUGGAGCAGGGUCUGUACUGGAUGCAACAGAACGCGCAGACCGGCGAUCUCUUCUAUGGCGGCGACACCCAGAAGCUGGACGACUUCAUCACUUCCAACGACACGUCCGUCAGUGUCGAUGCCGCCGAGAAUCUCAAGACAUUGCUCCCCGGGCGGAUUUUUGCCACGGGCUGGGCCGAUCCUGACACUGGCGCGGGCGUGACCUCGAUGAAUCCUCGACGGACGUGGUGUGGCAUCCUGAGCAUGACGGCGGAUCAGGUCCCGAUCGUGGGCCAUGUGCCGGCCAGUUUGAGUGGGAGAGAUGUUGACAAGGGUGAAUGGGUCGCUGUUGGAUUCAACGGAUAUGGCAUGGGCCAGUGCUGGUCGGCCGGCGAGGCGAUUGCCCGCAUGGCACUGGGCGAGGACAAGCCAGCCUGGCUUCCAGAUGUCUACUUGAGCGGCGAAGCUCGUCUGACGGGAGCUACCAUGUCGACUGAGGCGGCUCUUCAAUCGUUUUUUGAGAGGUGA